CACCCCAAGAUGCAAGUUCACCGCUUUUUCUGCGGAGUUCUAUUGUACUUCAGUUUAUUAGGGGUAUUUUCCCAAGAUGUAUCCAAUGUGCCAACUGAACCUACUGCAUCACCCAAUGCGGCCGAAGUGGCUCCUAAAAAUACCAAACCAGAGGCGUCGGGUUCAUCCAAGUGCAAGUCCAACGAAAUUCUUUCCGAAAAUGGCUGCGUGAACCGCGAUAACUUUCUGAACAAGAUCAUAUUGAGUUCCUGGAAGGACGCAGGCUUCGGCAAGGCCAAGGCAAGAGCUGGCCUGGUCGACGUGAUGCAGUGCAAGGAGGAUGAGGUGAGGACUCCCUUUGGCUGCUCGAAGCUACCGUUUCUACCGCACAGGGAUUCAAAUCGAGUGCCAAUGCACCACAGCAGCUUGUACCGCGACCAGGUGGUGUACUCCAAUUACGGAUCGGCACGAGGCGUCUAUCAGGAAAAGAUCAAGAUCGAAAAAGAAAAAAGGGCGCCAUACUCGGGUCCCCCCAUUUCGGGGCAUAAUAUCCCCCGAAAGAACUACAUCCUGCCGGGCAGGUUGCUCCGAAGCGGACGUAAGUGUCGACCAUAUGAGACUCCCGGGAAAGACGGUCAGUGCCAGCAUAAGAAGGGUAAGAAGGGAAAUUACAAGCACGGAAACCACGUCUAUGGACUCCAAUUGAGGCACCGACACGAUGCAAAAGGGUAGAAACCCUUCUAAUAAUUUUAAUUUUAUACUCGGCUAGUAAAGAAUACUAUGAGCUUGCCAUCCAAUUGUGGCUUCCUUGAGUUUCUGAAAUACAGCUGCCCGAAGUGAAUAUAA